AUGGUCGUUGGGUUGAAUCUUGAGCAGUACGACGCCGACAAGCCCGAUAUCGACGAGCCUUUCCGGUCGCUAGUGGGACACUUGAUGUGGCUGGCGAAUCAGACUCGCCCGGAUAUUCUCAACGCGGUACGUGCCGUUGCGAGGUAUUCGCACGCGCCGAAGCGACUGCACUGGGAGGCGGCUUUGCAUGUGUUGAUGUAUGUUAGAUUCACGAGCGGGUACGGGAUUACUUUUCAGAGGGGCACGGUGGGAGGAGACCACAUGGAACUUUUGGUCGAUUCGGACUUCGCCAACAAGGCAACCGACCGGCGGUCUGUUUCUGGGGCACUAGUGAUGAUCGCUGGUGCGUGUGUGAUGUAUCUGUGUAGGAUGCAGAAGAGCGUCACCCUGUCUUCGACGGAAGCGGAGUACAUGGCGAUGUUUGAUGGGAUGAAGGAGGCUAUUUUUCUGCGGUAUCUGUGGAAAUUUAUAUUUCCGGGUCGUGAUGUGGGGUGCACGCCGGUGUGGGAGGACAACGUAGGCGCUAUUCACUUGGCAAGUAACCCGGCUACUACUCCCAACUCGAAGCACAUCGACAUCCGCCACCAUUUCAUCCGUGAGCGUGUAGCGCGGGGGGAGUUCAAGGUAGUCCACGUACCGUCGGACCUGCAACGAGCGGAUUUCUUGACCAAACAAACCGCCCCCCAAGGAGACUUUUUGCGCGCAUCGUGACUUCGUGAUGAAUAUUCGUUGAUUUUGUUCUUUGUGUUGCAAUAUUUCAGCGAUGGGGCCUUUCUUGCAUCAUGUGUUUUAUUUGUGUCCUGGUACUGGCCUUUGAUCUGCUGCUCGAUGUUGAUUUCUGCUUUUGCGAUGGAUAGGAUAGUUCUGCGUGAGAAUCAUGGGGGGGGAAGUAUUGUUCCAUGAUCCUAGUCGCAAGUGGUUUGUUUUGGUUUCGAUUUUUCGGGAUGAAUGAUGCAGCAGGGCUGUUGGAUUGAUUGAUUGAUUUGAUUUUGACUUCAUGUUCAGGAUGGAUGGAAUGGAUAUUACAGCAGGGGGGCUGGUGGAGUGGUUUCUGUGUCAAGGUAUUGGAUGUCGGAGAGAGGGUUUGGCAUGUUAUUGUAAUUUGAACUGGCCAUUGAGUUGAAACAUGAUAUCUGUGGAAAAGAGGUUUCGUCCUCGACAGACGUUGGGGAGUUUCAACCUUUAUGAAGGUGUUCUCCACAUAUCUGAGGAAUGAAUUUGUUGUGAGUAGUCAGGACGUAAGACACGUUUUCCCGGAGUUUCUCGUCCUCCCCGUUCUGACGCGAUUCUGAUGUCUAAUGUUGAUCUUUUUUGCUGGGUAUUUUUCCAAGGGUGAUCGUGUUUGGACUGCUUGAGAAUCGGGUAGAGCACUUUCUCGAGAGGGUGAUUUGUUUUUCUUGACAGACCUUUUUGGGGUAGAAAUUUUACAUAAAAAAGGAUUGAAAGCUUUGCAGGACGUUCUGUUGGAAGAUCCGGCGGUUUCGCGGGACAUAUUCUAUUGGCAAGAGUCGUUUGGAUUGAAAUGAACAGCAUAUUGGUGAAAUUGAG